AUGAUCAUAUCGGAUGAACUGGCUUUGAGAAAGUCCCAUUCAUCACUUAUUUGCCGGAAACUACAAGAGAGUAACUACAACUGUUUUUUGGCUUAUUCAGUUAGGCCUUUUGAAAUGCCAGUCCUGCUCACUUCUGCUGAGUGGCUCUGGAAAAGCUUACUUUCAGGUGCUUGUUUCUUGUUUGUUCUCUCAUGUGUAACGAAGACUUGGGCAAGGAACUACCCGGCCACGCCUGAACACGCCACCGCUGAAAUACAUGUGUGGUGGGACAUGAAGGACUGCCCGAUUCCCGAGGGGUAUGAUGCUCGUAGGGUCCUUCCAAGUAUAGAAAGCGCGUUCAAGGAAAUAGGCUACUCGGGUCCUGUCUCCAUCACUGCCUUUGCCGACCAAAAAGAAACCCCUGAUCACCACCUUCUAGCGCUUUCUUCCACUGGAGUCGAUUUUGCACAUACCCUUCCCUGGGUCUUACACAGUCGCAUGAUUACAGAUUGUGAGGAAUGGAUAGAAGAUAAUCCUGCUCCGGCUACAGUUAUGAUCAUAUCGGAUGAACUAGCUUCGCCCAAGUCCCAUUCAUCACUUCUUUGCAGGAAACUACAAGAGAGUAACUACAACUGUUUUUUGGCUUAUUCAGUUAGGCCUUUUGAAAAGCCUGUCCUGGUCACUUCUGCUGAGUGGCUCUGGGAUAGCUUACUUGCAGUUUCAGAGACAAAAAGACAGACUCUUCAGAAGGGCUGUGAAAGUGAAAGUGAAAGUGAUGUUGAAUUUACCGGUAGGAUAUCCUCCCAAGACCAAACGUAUGAGGAAAGCACCCCGGAAGGGUUUUCUGCCAAGAUCAUUACGUUUUACUAG